AAUUUUCAGAUCGAAAACAGAACAGCUUCCAGGUGCAAGAAGCAGCAAGCAGUAGCAUAACAACUUCCAGCCAAAAGCUUAGUUAGGAGAAGUUUGGAAGAACGGAAGUAGAAAAUAAGCAUGGCGGAUGAGGAAGAUAUUAUGGACGAGGCCGAGGAAUCCCGGGAGGAUGAGGAUGAGGAUGCCGGAGAAGAUAAAUCGGAAAAAGACGAAGCGGAUCGGAAAUUUUCAUCAGCCCCAGAAACCACGAAACCUCCACCACCACUUGGUAUUAAAAGCCCAACACCUGGUCGUCAAUAUGGUGUGCCAGAGGUACCGAAGAGUCUUCAGCGACGUGCUGCAAAUUAUUCAGGUGGCAAACCAUCAAAGCAUGACAAAGAUAAGUUGAUGCGCUCCGAAGGCAUUAUUCCCAUUCAGGCUGGAUCUAACAAAUAUGCGUCACAGCGGGGAAUGACUGGUUUUGGUGUUCCCCGUGAUGUAAUUGAUAAAGUUAAGGCAGAUAACUUGCAAGAAAUUACGGAUGCGGAAAAAAUAAAGAAUUUGAAACAGUCAACUUGGCUACAGUCUGGUACCAACAAAUUUGCAUCACAAAAAGGAUUGACCGGGUUUGGUUCACCUCGCGAUGUGAAUUAUAAAACAAAAGGUACCGGAGGUGCAAGUGAAGUGCCGGAGGAAAAAGCACGAGCAACUGAUGGUAUUGUACCAUUGCAAUCCGGUACAAAUAAAUUAGCUUCUCAAGCUGGUAUGACUGGUAUGGGUAUGCCACGAAUCGUUGACGUGAGGAAAACUGAUGAGCAAGAUCGAAAUAGCCAAGGAUUCAUUCAUCUUCAAAUGGGUACCAAUCGUUUUGCUAAUCAAUCCGGUAUGACCGGUUUUGGUAUGCCUCGACACAAUAUUACCAAAUAUAAGGACGAAGUAAGAGGUGAAAUGCCUAAUGACGAAUCGACUAUGUCACGACAAACUAGCGGCUGGAAAGAAGGAGCAUCGCAAGCAGGAAUGUCAGGUUUUGGCGCAUUUCGAAAUAAUACUGUGGCAAAUAUGCAAGCGCAAGAGCAACGGUCACAGGGAAUGAUACCGUAUCAAAUGGGUGUUAAUUUUCUCGAUUCUCAAGCUGGUAAAACAGGUUUUGGCAUGCCAAGACAGGUUUAUACACCAUUCGUGGAUGAUUCACACGAAGAGUUACCAUUAGAUAUGGCUCGACGGCCAGAGGUGCCGUUCUGGUCAGGACAGGAAACCGAAUUCGCAAAUCAGACAGGAAUGUCAGCCUUUGGAACUCCACGUGAUGUACGCGGUGAAUAUGUACGACGCUUGUGGUAAAACUCGAUGUUUAUCAUACUGUAGCUGCCUGUAAAGGAUGAUUCGAAUAGAAGCAUUUUUUCAUUUGAGACAGAGAAACUCAAGUGAUAGUACCAUUACUCUUUUCAGAACAACAAGUUGAAACCAUCCGAUGCAGUCUUAUCUUCUUUCAUUGUAGUUUCUUUUUCUUUCUCCACUCUCUACUUAAUAAAAUGUUUUCUUAAACUCUUUUUUUCACUCCC